AUGGCCUUCUUCCCGCCGAGUAACAAUUUUCUGCUGCAGCUUCAAGCAAACGCCGCCAGUCAAAUUCCGAUCAUUCCCAACAAUGAUCUUGAUUUGACCUCGCGACUGCUCGGUUUGAUGCAAUUGCAACUCCGCGCGAUGGCUCAGACGGUUCCCAAAGAGCCGCGAGAAUCAUCGUCGACACCGAAGACGGAAUUCAGUAUCGAGAGUCUCCUCAAAACCGACGACAACUGUUCAGAGCUUCCGUCGCCUUCGUCAUCCGACAGUUCGCAGGCUCAUACGCUACAAUCUUUGCAGAGAGUCGAUGGUAGAUCAAAUAGUAAAAAGAGUUGCAGCAACAAUUCGAACCAACAACGCUGCGUGUGCGACAAAUGCGGCAAGAGCUACGCGACGACGAGCAAUCUGAGUCGUCACAAACAGACGCAUCGGCCGCUCGACAGUCCGCACGCGAAACAAUGUCCGCACUGCGAUCGCGUCUACGUGAGCAUGCCGGCUCUCAGCAUGCACAUUCUGACGCACAAUGCGAACCAUCAAUGCCAUUUGUGCGGCAAACGGUUCUCUCGCCUCUGGCUUCUUCAAGGCCAUCUACGCUCGCAUUCGGGAAUUCGGCCGUUCGCGUGUGCUCAUUGCGGCAAAACGUUCGCCGAUCGGAGCAAUCUUCGCGCUCACAUUCUAACACAUACCGGAGACAAACGUUUCGCAUGUGACAAGUGCGGUCGGCGAUUCGCAUUACGCGCUUAUCUCAAUCGACACGCCGAAUCAUGUUGCAAAUAG